UAGAGCUCGCUUUCAAGUAAACUAUUACAGACUGGUUUCGUUCAAAUGUACAUAUUUUUAGAGAGUGAAAAUCUUCCGGAAAUGCAUGACGAAGAAGCUACCGCCCUGGUCGUGGAUAAUGGAUCCGGUAUGUGUAAGGCCGGUUUUGCCGGCGAUGAUGCACCCCGUGCUGUGUAUCCAUCGAUUGUAGGUCGUCCCCGUCACCAGGGCGUUAUGGUGGGCAUGGGCCAAAAGGACUCGUAUGUGGGCGAUGAGGCCCAGAGCAAGCGUGGCAUCCUAACGCUGAAAUAUCCCAUCGAGCACGGCAUCAUCACCAACUGGGACGACAUGGAGAAGAUCUGGCAUCACACAUUCUACAAUGAGUUGCGCGUCACACCCGAGGAGCAUCCCAUUCUGCUGACCGAGGCCCCGCUCAACCCGAAGGCCAAUCGCGAGAAGAUGACCCAGAUAAUGUUCGAGACCUUCAAUGCCCCGGCAAUGUAUGUGUCCAUUCAGGCGGUUCUUUCGCUGUAUGCCUCUGGUCGUACCACCGGCAUCGUUCUGGACUCUGGCGAUGGUGUCACACACACCGUGCCCAUCUAUGAGGGUUAUGCCCUGCCACAUGCCAUCCUUCGUAUGGAUCUAGCUGGCCGCGAUCUCACCGAUUAUUUGAUGAAGAUCCUGACUGAGCGAGGUUAUGCCUUCACCACCACCGCUGAACGUGAAAUUGUGCGCGAUAUGAAGGAGAAACUGUGCUAUGUGGCCUUGGACUUCGAGCAGGAGAUGGCCACCGCAGCCUCCAGCUCCUCCCUAGAGAUGUCUUUCGAACUGCCCGAUGGACAGGUAAUCACCAUCGGCAAUGAGAGAUUCCGGUGCCCCGAGACCCUCUUCCAGCCAUCCUUCUUGGGCAUGGAAGCCCAAGGUAUACACGAAACGACAUAUAAUUCGAUAAUGAAGUGCGAUGUGGACAUACGCAAGGAUCUGUACGCCAAUGUAGUCCUAUCGGGCGGCUCUACCAUGUACCCGGGCAUUGCUGACCGCAUGCAGAAGGAGAUCACUGCCCUGGCCCCAUCCACCAUGAAGAUCAAGAUUGCUGCUCCGCCAGAACGCAAAUAUUCUGUGUGGAUCGGUGGUUCUAUUCUGGCCUCGCUGGCCACUUUCCAGCAAAUGUGGAUUUCGAAGCAGGAGUAUGAUGAAUCUGGCCCAGCCAUUGUCCACCGAAAGUGUUUCUAAGUGGAAGGCAUCAUUCGCGCUCCUGCCGAGACCAUUCCAUAUCAAAAUUCUAUUUUGCAAAUCAGUUACUACGCAUGCAUUAAAAUUAUUCAUAUAUUUA